CUUCAUCAAACGCGGAGCAUGCUUUUCACCCAACAAUGGAUUCAUCGACGUCGGAGCUACCUACAGGCGGAAUUCCGCGCCCUCCACCAAGUAGACGCAGGGAUAAAGACCAGCUAUCAUGUGACCUGUGCCGGAGACGAAAGUUCGACUCGUUGCGACCGACUACGACCCUGCAGCACAUGUUCAAAUCGCGGGUUAUCCUCUAAAUGUGUGUAUCCCGUUAAAUCCCGCGUUGCAUAUAUCCAUGGCAGUCCAACUUGCCCUCGCGACGACCUGAAGGGGAGGUUGGCCGCUUUAGAAGAGCAAAUUGUGUGCUUGUUGGAAAGAUCCCACCUCCCGUCUGGAUCAAGCGCCACUGUCACUCUUACAGACGAUGUCACUCCUACAGACGACGCGUCUGAGGCGGAUCAUUGCACGCCAACUCACAGGCUUCACGACACCCUUCGUACUACCCCGGUCGAGACCGGAUAUGUCAGCUACUUUCAUUGGACAUCGAUCCUCAAUAACAUUAUUGAGCUCAAAGAUGAGAUUCAACAGCAGGGCGGAGACGUCUCAUCAGAGUCGUCCAGCUCGCCCCCAACGGUGUUUUCUGGGCCCCAGCUGCUCUAUGGAUGCGCUCCGACAACAUUGGAAAACCUCCUCGCAGCCAUCCCAGAACGGAAGGUGGCAGACAACUUGGUGUCUGCCUACUUCAGAGAUCUAGGCAUUUCAAACGCUUUUCCCUGUCUUCACGAAGGGACUUUUCUCCAACAGUACGAAGAUUUCUGGGAAGAGCCUUCUGGCACAUCAGUCAUCUGGUUGGGCCUUUUAUUCGGCAUGAUGUCCAUGGUAAUGCUGUUCAAAUUUAACCUAGACAAUCAAGAUCUUAAGCCACACGACCAGGAUACACGCCGCAAUGGCGGGCUAUAUGCUACCGAAGUCGUGCAAUGUCUCUGUCUGGGGGGAUAUGCCGACGGAGGGCCUCACGUCAUGGAGGCUCUAUUGCAUUACUUGAUGAUAGAGCAUUGGUCGCGUCCCGACACGGAGGCUAAAGUCUGGCUUGUGUUGGGUACAAUCCUCCGCAUCGCCUUACGCAUGGGUUAUCACCGUGAUCCUAUACACUUCCCACAUCUCAGCCCCUACGAAGGCGAAAUGAGAAGGCGAGUAUGGUCAUUCCUAUAUUCUGCAGAUAUCAUGCUGUCUGUGCAAGUCGGAUGUCCAAAGUUAAUCCAGGAGGGACAGUGGGAUACUCAGCCCCCGCGGAAUAUAUCCGACAGCGAUUUCAACGAAGCGAGCAUAGAACUUCCCCCAGCACGGUUAGAUGAUGAGCCUACAUCUAUUCAGUAUGUUGUUGCCAGGUAUAGAAUGGUUUCCGUCAUGGGAAUUAUAUACCAAACAUCCAUGAAUACUAGUCGAGAGGCUUGCGACCUCCGAGGGCUGAACAAACUACUCGACGACUCCUACAAUUCUCUCCCACCCCGGCUACAGCUUGCGCCAAAUGGAGAUUGGUUUUUCGGCUCCGCCGAAGAAAUUUUCUAUCGCAUCAUUCUGGUUGGAUUCCUACACAAGGCGCGAAUUGUCCUCCAUUGGCAAUUUCUGGUCACCCGCUGCCCGCCUAAUGAUCCUAGCGAGAUUGACAAUGCCCGAAAUGUUUGCGUCAAUGGUGCCCUUCAGAUCCUAAAGAACCAGCAAAUUUUAGAAUCCGCAAUGGAACCUGACGGAUCUUUGUUUCUCGCUAGGAUCAGGCUGUCGUCAACAAUAUCGCACGAGUUUCUGACAGCAACUACCGUUUUGUCAUCAGUGCUGUGCCAAGCUAUUUCCUCUCCAAAGGAGUUGGAAAAAAGCAUCAAGUUGGAAAUUUUAGCCACUCUCAAGAAUUCUUACAGGAUAUGGGCCCAAUCAAGUAGCCGGUCAAGGGAGGCAAGGAGGGCGACUGAGUUACUAAAUCUUGUAUUUAAGAAGGUGGAACCAGGCAAUUGGCUUUGGUAGCAUACUAUGUUUUAGGAAGUAAUUUUGCCUUUGAAAGAGAGUACAAGGCAGAAUUGACCUUGUUACGCAAGUGACCUUCACUUAAUGUGUUGUUUGGCAAAUGGAACAGGUCUCAGAUAUGC